AUGAACGGUCCGUUGCUUACAAUCAAAGUCCAAGUGCAGGGUGAAGUCGUGAAUUUUCUGAACCGUACCCAUUUCUUAACGUGCCCUUCGAACGAAAUUCGCGCACUCGGUAUCGGCACUUGGUAUGCGAACCAAUCCGUCGCUGGCGGACUCGAACCGAAGGACGCGAACUAUCAGGAAAAUAAAAUUCGAACAUCCGUUAAGCUGGGGAGUAAAGCCAACACCACGAUGUCGCUGGUUCCGGUGCAGUACCGUACCUGGUGGGACGACUGGGACCUACCGCUGUACACGCGCGUCCUCGAGAAGUCGAUCACGCAGGAGGUCCUUGGGACAGAUGACUUCUGGCGUGCGCCACCCCUGGCGCCGCUGCGCUGGUCGAGCCUCUACCGGCCCUGGCGCUACUUCAGCCUGCGGGAUGUCGGCGCGAAAGUGGACACCGAUCCGAACCGCUUCCAGAUCGAGCUGGACGUGCACCAGUUCCUGCCGCACGAGGUAACCGUGCGCCGCACGGACAAGUACGUCACGAUCGAGGGCAAGCACGAGGAGAAGCGGGACGAGCAGGGUUACGUGGCACGCCAGUUCUCCCGCCGCUACCUGGUUCCAAUCGGCUACGAUGCCAACCUGAUCGUCUCGUCGCUCUCGUCCGACGGCGUCCUGACGGUCACCGCCCCGCGGAUUGGGCUGCCGGCGCCGAAAGUCGAAAAGUACGUGCCCAUCUGGCACACCGGAAAGCCGGCCAUCGAGGACAAGAAUCGUAUCAGUUCGCGACGCUGUUUGACUUACAAGUAACCAGAUGGUGCGCCACUGCACUCGAUCAGAACGUCUUCGACCGCAACUAGCUGCGCCGAUGUGUUUCCAAUAACUUUUUGCGCCCAAUUUUCCACGCACCAACGAAAUGUAGCACGUGUUUAGCCGCGAACGAUGCACCACACAUCUUCGGGAGGAAAAGUUGUUCACAGACACAGCAAACACCGCCGGUCGAUCGAUAAUGCGUUUGCAAAACAGAUAACUUUGUUCAAGUUUGCAAAAACAAACCCCAAAACUAACCUUAUAAGUGUAAACCACGUUACCAACUAAAGAUGUGAUUCAUUAGCGAAAAAUUAACAAAGAAACAAAUGUGGUGUUGUAUGUUAUGGGAAACGGGGUUCGAAUGGUAGAUGCUCGACCAACACGGACCAAAAAACGACCCUCCAACCUCCAAUUCGGAAAAAACCCCUUUUCAACAGGACAGCAACGGUUAGUUUUAUUGUAAAUCGUUUCGAUUGUGCGGCAUAUUCCGAUUAAAAAACGCCCCAACUAGAGUAGUUUUGCGUAUGAAACAUGCAAUAAUAAUAAACUAAUACCAAUAAAACUAAAAGAAAUUACGAAUUGAAUCGAA